AUGGUUCUGUUCGCUGGUUACAAAAACCCACAUCCUUUGGAACAUAAGAUAUUGUUGCGGGUUCAAACAACCGGACAAACUACUCCAGCAGAUGCUCUGAUCAACGCGAUCACUGAUCUUAUUGCUGAGCUUUCACUGUUUGAAGAAAGAUUCCGGGUUUGUUUUAUUCAUUCAAGAGCCAUGCGCCUUGAAGAUGUUGUAGUGCUGUCCAUAUCAUUAUUUAUUUUACCAGUUAUCUGUUUUUCUGGUUUCUAUGACGUAGAUGAAGUUAGGAGCACAUUGUAUGAACCUGACAUUUUCUCUGUUCUGGCUGGAAUCGAUCCUGCUUUCAAUUUGAGCACUGUUUCUUUGAAGAAUAAGGAGAGUAUACUGAAAAAAAUCGUGGCAGAUUUGCCAACGGUCGGAGAUGAGGGAUAUAUUUUCAUCAAGAGCAAGACUGGGCAGAAUUUCGCAUGCAAAAUGCCAAAAGCCCAAGCUCCCGAGAAAGUCCAGGCAGAGAGCUAUAAUCCCAAGUACUUGGCUGAAUUGGUUUCAGCCAGCUUCUAUGUGAAGAACUGCAUCAGCAAGGAUAACGGCUGGUGGAAUUACAAGUUGUGUAGAGGAAAAGAUGUGAAACAGUGGCACGGAGCAAAAAACGAAGCCCAACAAAUCACCAAUUCUCUUGGUUUCUUUCUUGGAAAGUAUGACGUUCCACAUUAUCAGUACGAAUGCGAUCCGCAAUUAUCAACUAGUGAGGCAUAUAUUGACCAUGUGGAAGAAGCAGCCUCAUGUGAAUACUUAAUCAUUGUCAAAGUUGGUUCUCUGUGCACCCUUAGUGCUUUCAUGCCUCCAAGCCUGGUUACAUCAGCGAAUAAAAUUAUAUGUCAACCUUUCGUAUCUAAGGAAGCAGUCGAAAAGUUCCUAGAGGAUACUAUACGAAAAAGAGCUGAAAAGAAAGAAGCCGCCAUAAAGGCUGCACAACUGUUGGAAACUCUUCGACGGAUACAACGUCGCCGUGCCGCUAUGCGGCGAACUGAACUUCUCCGAGAUUCGACUGUGGAAAAAGCAGCCUUGCGUUCUUAUAUCGAUAAUGAGUAUCAGAAAGCUGCAUUGGAAUAUAUACAUGCAACUUUGCAUGGCCGCCUGGGCGAUAAGCAGCCUGAUGGUGCCGGAAACGUUGUCGACACAUUGUUGCGAGAAAGCGACGAUAUAGAUGAAGUAUUUUACAAUUUCGAUUAUCUGAGUGAGCGUGAUCAAGAUGCUGGCAAUCUAUGGUACUAUUUUCAUGAUAAAACGUGGAACAAAACACAUUUCCCGAAGUCUUUGGAUUACGUAGAUAUUAUGAAUGGAUAUUUUAACACUGCUUCGAAAUUGAUCAAGAACCAUGCAGAUUUGGCGUUGACGAUGCGGCUGUUUAGGCAUCUCCGUGGGGAUCCAUGGAAUCCUAAGCAAAAUUUGUUGCUACAUGGUGCAUUAAGUAACGAUUUGCGCUCAGCAGUCUUGCAAGAUGUGCCCCUGUUCAUUGCUCCGAAUGGUGAUGACUCUUUGGAUGAAGAGUUUGCUAGAAAUGUUGCUUUUGGUAACGGCUUAUUCGGAUUCAGAGCGUGGGUUUGA